UCUAUUCUUUUUCGUUAUCUAUAUAUACAAAAGUAUAUAUACCAAUUUUUUUUUUUUGUGUGUUUUGCUUUCGAAUGAAAGUGCACAAUUACAACAAACAACAAACAAAGUGCAGCAACAACAAUUGUAAACGUGCUCGUAAAUGUGAUCGUAAACGCACGAUGUCGAUGGCGAGACUGUGAUUGUGAUUGUUAUUGUGAAUGAAAGUGUCGCACAGAAAAAUCCUCAUCGCAUCUCAUGGCAUGCGGAAAAAUGUGUUGAGCGUGUUAAACAAGAAUUCAAGUUGCUGUGAACAAGGCAACAAGGAAGAGAGCUUUAAGGAGCUUCAACAGACAGCUUUAAGGAGCUUCAACAGACAGCUUUAAGCUUUAUAACCACUGAGAAACAAGACGUCGAGGAUCACACAACAAUUGCAAUAAUGGUUGUGGUUCCCGCAAUUGGCGCCGCCGCCGUCUCGGUGGGCGGUUUGCUGUUCAAGGCUAGCGCCGCCUCAAAGGCGGCAGCCGCAGCGGGCGUGGCAGCUGUGGGCGCCUCCAAGCUGGGUCUGGCCAUAGCCACGGCCAUCAAACUAACAACGGCAGUGAUCGGUGUGGGCAAACUGACGAUCAUUCCGUUUCUGAUCGCUGCGAUCGCGUAUUACAAUUACGAUCUCUUCGAUCCGGAGAAUCGUCCGUUCAACGUCAAGCAGGUGGAGUUGGCCUACGAUUUCAUCAUCAUUGGCGGCGGCAGUGCGGGCACAGUGCUUGCCUCCCGACUCUCCGAGGUGCCCCAUUGGAAGGUGCUGCUCCUCGAGGCGGGCGGACACGAGACGGAAAUAUCGGAUGUGCCGCUGUUAUCACUUUAUCUGCACAAGAGCAAAAUGGACUGGAAGUAUCGCACACAGCCACAGCCGACAGCUUGCCAGGCGAUGAAGGAUAAACGCUGCUGCUGGACACGUGGCAAAGUGAUUGGAGGGAGCUCUGUGUUGAAUACGAUGCUCUAUAUUCGCGGCAAUCGUCGCGAUUUCGACAAUUGGGCGAAUCUUGGCAAUCCUGGCUGGUCCUACGAGGAGAUUCUGCCCUAUUUCCGCAAAUCGGAAGAUCAACGCAAUCCCUACUUGGCACGCAAUAAACGUUAUCACGGCACUGGUGGCCUAUGGACUGUGCAGGAUGCGCCCUACAACACGCCCAUCGGACCCGCCUUUCUGCAGGCUGGCGAGGAAAUGGGCUACGACAUCGUCGAUGUGAAUGGGGAGCAGCAGACGGGCUUCGGUUUCUAUCAGUUCAACAUGCGACGCGGCUCACGCAGCUCCACAGCGAAAUCAUUUCUACGUCCCGCCCGACUGCGUCCCAAUCUGCACAUCGCCCUCUUCUCACAUGUGACUAAGGUGCUCACCGAUCCGGUGACGAAGCGGGCAACUGGAGUGCAAUUUAUACGCGACGGACACCUGCAGAAUGUGUAUGCAACACGCGAGGUGAUAUUGGCAGCCGGUGCCAUUGGCACACCGCAUCUGAUGAUGCUGUCGGGCAUCGGGCAUGGCGAGGAGCUGGGAAGAUUGGGCAUACCUCUGGUGCAGCAUCUGCCCGGUGUGGGCCAGAAUCUGCAGGAUCACAUUGCCGUCGGGGGCAUUGCGUUCCUCAUCGACUAUCCCAUAUCGAUAGUGAUGAAGCGCAUGGUCAAUGUGAAUACGGCGCUGCGCUAUGCCAUCACCGAGGAUGGUCCCUUGACCUCCAGCGUCGGACUGGAGGCAGUGGCCUUUAUCAAUACCAAAUACGCGAAUUCCAGCGAUGACUGGCCGGACAUGAACUUCAUGAUGACUUCCGCAUCGGUGAUGUCCGAUGGCGGCACUCAGGUGAAGACCGCCCACGGUCUGACCGAUGAGUUCUAUCAAGAGGUGUUCGGGGAGGUAACAAAUCGCGAUGUGUUCGGCAUCUUUCCCAUGAUGCUGCGGCCCAAGAGUCGUGGCUACAUCAAGCUGGCCUCCAAGAAUCCACUGCGCUAUCCAUUGCUCUAUCACAACUAUCUAACGCACCCCGAUGAUGUGAAUGUGCUUCGAGAGGGCGUCAAAGCUGCGGUCGCCAUGGGGGAGACGCAGGCGAUGAAACGCUUUGGCGCACGCUUCUGGGGCAAACCGUUGCCCAACUGUAAGCAUCUGACACUGUUCACGGACGAGUAUUGGAACUGCUUCAUACGCCAGUACACGAUGACCAUCUAUCACAUGAGUGGGACUGCCAAGAUGGGACCACCCAGCGAUCCCUGGGCCGUGGUGGAUCCACAGUUGCGGACGUAUGGUGUGUCCGGAUUGCGGGUGAUCGAUGCCAGCAUUAUGCCAGCGAUCACCAAUGGCAACAUCCAUGCGCCCGUCGUCAUGAUCGCCGAGAAGGGCGCGGAUCUCAUCAAGCAGCUGUGGCUGACGCCAACCACGGCGCCGCCAUCGUCGCAGCAACAGUGGCGCAGCAAGCGCAGCAUGCGACACGGAGGAAACGAGACGCUGCCGGAGGGAGUGCAUCAAUGGUCGCUGCCCAGUUCGUAGCCAAAUGCUUUAAUCGCUUACCCGAACCGCAAUCCCAAUGUCACUGCCUGCUUAGACCAAAACUAGAUGCAGCUUUCAGGUGUGUGUGCGCUGUGCUGUAAACAGUCAACACAACGCAGCGUGACAGCCCAAAAAGCUUUAAUGUGCUUUU